AUGGCUCAUCAGAUGCCGUUCGCCUCGCGCUUGCCGGAGCCUUCCAAGACUGGCUGGGCUUGGGGCGUCGCAGCGAACAACAUUAGAGUUCCGCAACCCUUUAUGGGCUUUUAUUGGAACAUGCCCGAUGACGCGCCGUGCAUCUUCUCGGCCGCGGACCAGGGCAGAGAUAAAAGGAAGUUCCAGCGUGGCUGCGUCCCGCACCGUGCUGCCAUUGCUUGGGAUGGAAACAGAUUCCGUGCGGCGGCCUUGACGCUGCGUGAAAAGCAUGGCAGCAUAGCACAGACCCUGACUCGUCCUAGGACCUGGGAAGACCUGUACCAGUGGUUUGAUGCCUAUGACAUCUGGUGGAUGGGUGCAUGGAAUCUUUGGCUGCUGCUCCAUCUCGUCUGCGACGAGAACGAGGGCGUCUCCAACCCCUGCUCGCGUUCGGGACGGCACCAGACGAACAUGGCCGAUGUAGUCAACGACUGGGCCUACAAGUGGUGCACCCACAAGUCCAAUCUUGUGAAGCUGCACAAUUGGGACCCGAAAGGCGAAGGCGACAUUUUAGAUGUGCUCGGGCCCGGUGAUCGAGAGAACAUCCACGGAUGUGAGGCGAAGGCCCUCGAUGUCCUUCGCGGCGCCUUACAUCACUGGCGCCAGCAAUACACGCCUCCGGCCCCGCAGGGUCACGCGCGGCGCCGUUCCUUCUCGCUCCCGGAUUUGCAGCCGCCCUCAUAUCUGAAACGCAACCCCGCCAUUGUCAUUGCCAAUAGGACUGGUGCUGCUGUCAGGCGGGAGUCGUCGAUGCCCGGCCUGCGAGUUAACUCUGGCGCAGCUCAGUAUGACACGGGCGAACAUGCGACCAGGGCUCAUCAUCAACCUUCCAAGUCGGGACCCGUCCCUGCUGUGCCCGCCGGUCGCUUUAUGGCUUGCCGUGGUGUAGGCGUCGAGAAUGCAGGCCCGUCUCGCCUGCCGAGCCGUCCUACGCAGCAGCCUCCGCCCUUGCUCAAUGGCAGCGUUGGGAUGCGGGACACCCGGAACCGGUCGGACUGCCGCAAUGAGGGGCAUGAGUUCGCCUGGAGUGUCCGCAAGCGCGAGGCUUUCGCAGCUUGCCAUUGCCAGCGGUGCAUGCAUAGGUCUCGGUCCGUUUAUGUUGCACCUAUCGAUCAGGCGGACGGCGUGGGCGUCGAGAACAUGAGAGAGAACUUGACCCGAUAUUUCGAGCGCUGGGGCCAUGUGGAGGAGGCCGUCGCCGCUGCGCGCAAAGGUCAAGCUGUCAACCCCCUGCUGGCGCGCGCAAGGAUCAGUCACCCAUACUACUCGAAGCAUUACGUGCGCGAGAGCUGGUCCCCUUCCAAGGACAACCGAAGCUCCUGGUCUAGCAAUAAAGGAAACCCUCAGGAGGGACAGUCAUGGCCGGACCAGCGAUACCAGCGGAGGUCCGGCGACUUCUCUGCCCUGCAGACAACGCCGGCCCGGCCGCAACACGUCUUUAGCCCGAGAACUCCCCGACAUGCGCUUUCUCCAUAUAAUCAUACUACCUGGGCUUGCCCGUACUCCCAGCCCGGCGGGCCAAGUCCGGGUCAUUGGCAAAACCCCUCGCCAGCACUUCACGGGUCGCCUCCUCCCGGUCACUGCGGCACGCUCUCUCAGAACUGGUUGCACGAAGCCAUGCCGGCUGCCCGCACACCCUCUCACUCCCAGCACCAUGGCUUUUACCUCUGUGACCCCGAGUCGCCUCUAGCAGCACGGCAUAGCUCUCAGGCCCAGGGCGGUCGUCACGGGCCCCACGGCGACGUCUCGAUGCAGACAAAGCCAGCCCUUGAAGAGGCAAUAUUCUCAGAGGCGUGCUCAUCCACAAAAGCUCGUGCUGACCCAGCAUGCAGCGCCGCUGGAAAUGCAAGUAUCCGGGUUCGACUUCCGAGCGUGCUUCCUGGAAAGUCCCAGGCCAUGCCACCUCCUACACAAGAACAGGAAACACAAGGCGUUUCGAAGGCUGACAAACGUCAUGUCGAUAUCCCUGGCUCCAACGGAGGUACAAAGGACGGCGCCCUCGGGCUGAUGAAAUUUGGAGACGUCAACUCUCCACUGCCGCCUUCUGGCUGUACUGACCCCGCAGCUCAUGAGCCUCUCGCGAACAUUCACCAGGACAGUGGCAACCCUUCGACAGCUGGAGUCCCUGACGGCCAGGGCCAUGCUUACAAUGAUACGGCAUUUGACUGGCAGUUGAAUGCAACCUCCCGUCUCAACACGGGGGACAUCCGGCUCGACCCAGACUACAGCGCCACCGUGAGACACCGGCCGUACUCGCCGCGGCGAGGUCCAUGGUUGGAGCACAACUGCUAUUCCAAUUCCGGCUCGUGGGACGGGAACCAAGCCAAAUAUUCGGCAGGUCCGUAUCAGCAGUCAGGAAGCUGGCCGGUCAGAGGGCCACAGGACGUAGCAUCCAGCGGCCAGCAUCAGGCCGAAGCGGGCGUGUCGUCGACGCAACCGGGCCACCGGAAGAAGGGAAGAUUUAAGGGAAAGCACAAGACGAGUCAAGGUACCGACUCGCAUGCACAGUCCCUGACCUUGACCCCGGUUCCGCCCGCCGGGAGCGAUGACACUGCUCACGAACAGCCUGGACCAGACUUGCAAAGCGCCCCUGCCCAGCCCAAUAAGACCAAAAAAGACAAAACCAAGAGCAAGGCCAAGCCCAAGAACCCAUUUCCCUCUUCAUCGGGGGAUUCGCAGCUCGACGUUUGCGCUGCACAAAACGGGGGUUCCUCCACGCCCAACCCACAUGGCGCCCAAAAACAAGGGGACGCCGCCGUGGGUGGUGCCGCUUCGCCGAAGAAGGCCGACGGCGUCGCCAAUAACAAGGGCGGCUAUCGCGCCGAUGCCGGCGGGUCAUUGCGGAUCCCCAGAAAGCGCUGGGGGAAGGAGACGACGACGAGGGUAGACGUGAGGGACCUUUUUGGAGUGCGAGAGGAAGAGUAGGAAAGGGUUGUUUGUUUCUUUCACACCGCAACGGUCUACUCUUGAGGCUCGUACAGAAAGGAAAGACCUGACUCUAACAGCCGAGGAAAAAAUGAGCGAGAGGCAUAAAUGGAGAAGGAAUAAAGCGCACGACAGAGAACGAAACGAAGGAGCGGAGAAAGACUGAGAAGAGGAAGGAGGGAAAAAAAAUGUGCAAGCCAGGGAGGAUGAGUUGGUGGGGUUAGUCUUCAUGUGACUAUCGCCCUGCCCAACUGAGACUCUCUCGCAAAACCGGGUAUCAGGCGGCACUUGGGGGCC